AUGUUAAUUAGUGCUGCUGACAGCACAAAAAACAUUUCAAUUAGUUCGCAACAACCGGACACAACCAGCAAACUAACGCCUUAUUUAUUCGAAGGGGAUAUACUGUUAUCAACGAAACAAGCAGUAACGUUAUUAAAUACAUUGGCUAGUAGUGAUGCAAAGAAUAAGAAAGACAGCAGGCGUCGGCUGGCUCAAGAUGCUCCAUUUUAUCUCUUCAGAGGCUAUUCACACAAGCGGAAGAAACGUUUCAGUUCUGAUCCAGAAGCAAAAUGGAUCAGUUUUCCGAUUAAAUAUCGAUUUGAUGAAUCUCUUGGCAUUCUUCAAAUUAGCCAAAUAUUAGAAGCAGUUGGAAUAUGGCAAAAUAUUACAUGCAUUACUUUUGAAAAUGAUCAAAAUGCGAACGGAGAUUAUUUGGAAUUUUUUGAAGGUGAUGGGUGUUAUUCAAUGAUAGGCCGUUUCGGUGGAAGGCAAGGAGUUUCUAUUGGCAAAGGAUGUGAAAGAAUGGGUAUAAUAGUUCAUGAACUUGGUCAUAUGCUCGGCUUAUGGCAUGAACAAUCCAGACCUGAUGCUAGCAAGCAUAUAACAGUGGUUAAAAAUGACAUAUUACCAUCUUAUGUAGGCGAAUUUCUCGAAAGAAGCGUAGACGAAAUAACUACUUUCAAUGUACCCUAUGAUCUUGGCUCAAUCAUGCAUUAUGGCUCAACAGCAUUUAGCAAAGAUCAAAAGAGUAAGACACUUCUUACCAAAGAUCCACUUUAUCAGAUGACUAUUGGACAACGAGAAUCACUAUCAUUUUAUGAUGUUAAACUGAUAAAUGAAGCUUACUGCAAAGGUCACUGCAAGGAAAAAGAUUUAUGCAAAAAUGGUGGAUAUUUGAAUCCCAGUAAUUGCAGAACUUGCUUAUGUCCCAGUGGUUUUGGUGGCUCCAAAUGUGAUGCAUACGAUGAUAGCACUAAAUAUCAAUAUUUAUCUUAUCAUUUUAUCGCAAUUCCAUUAUUCCCGACUUUAAAUAAUGUCCUUGCAGAAACACGAAUAGAAAUUAGUUUUGAACAUGAUUUUGGUAUAUUUUGUUCGAGCACUUGUGUUGAUUAUGUAGAAUUGAAAAUUGGCGAUGACUUGGCUAAUACAGGUUAUAGAAUAUGUUGCUAUGACAAGCCAGAAGAAGCACUGAUUUCGGCAAAAAAUCAAAUUGUUAUCAUAUUUCGAACAACGGUAGGCGAAGAUAUUGGUUUCAAGCUUCAGUUCCGGAAAACUACAGAACCAGCUCGGACUACUCCUGUAAUUUCCAAAACUACAGUAACAACAGCACCGCGCACAACCAUAGCUGGAAGUGAUAUUUGGUCUGAAUGGGGUCAAUGGUCUCAAUGUUCUCGACCUUGUGGUGGUUGCGGUAUACAGUCUCGAGUGCGAAUAUGUCAAACAGCUCAGUGCAAUGGAAAAAGCCAAGAAUUUUCAACUUGUAAUUUACAAGCAUGCUCAAUAGAUCCUAAAUGUGUUAAUGAUAAGUCGAGAAAACGAAUAUGCGCUGAUGGUCGAAAGUUUUAUUUAAUCCAAUUUAUUUUCAGACUGGCACAUGAUACGGCUUGCAGUCAACCAAUUUGCUGUCCACCAUUUUACAAUGUUAAUGGUAAAUGUCAAAGUGACCAACCUGUAUUGUCAUUGCUUGGAUAA